GAGAGCAGAGGCUGAGAGCCAAAAUGGUUGUUUUAGGACUGGGCGGUGCUCUCUCUCUCUCUGCCCCAACACUCGACUCUACCGACUUGGCAGGGAAGUACCAAAGUUAUCCAAUAAACAUACAAAUGCGAUGCAAUUAACGAAGGACUCGGCGGAAAAGUAGGAGUUUACAUUUAUAUCCUAGGGGAAAAGCGCAGGAUUCUGAAUGAUAUGAGUUUGAUGGUUCCAAUGGAGCACAGGACGCAGAAGUUAAUGAGUUCGCCCAAGUGCUUCGUGGCUGUGUUCGAGAUACGCAGAACUCGUCCAAUACUUGUUCUACUAGUGCUGAUGUUGGUAGGGUUGGAUGAGGUCGGAGGACUCCGGACGUGUAGAAGGAAAACGGAAGCUGGUGGGCGAUCUGUGGAGUCCCUGAGCUCUGUGAAGCAUCAUCCUAUGCCUGGAGCGGCACUGAGCCGCUCCAGACGCUACGCCAUCAACCCACUGGGACACAAGUGGAGGCAUUUCAAACUCACCUACAAGAUCGUGAAGUUUCCCAACACGCUGAACAAAGAUGACACCCGCCAGGCCAUCAGCAUUGCGUUCUCCAAGUGGAGCGACGUGUCCCCUCUCUACUUCGCCGAAAUCAAAAACCCCAACAAGAGUGCUGACAUUAUCAUCGGCUUCUACACGUGGAACCACACAGACUGCUGGUGGUCUCCAUUGCAUCCCUGUUUUGAUGGACUAAACGGGGAGUUGGCCCAUGCCUUCCUGCCCCCACGCGGGGAGAUCCACUUUGACAAUCAUGAGUUCUGGAUCCUGGGGAAGUCCCGCUUCAGCUGGAAACAAGGUGUGUGGUUAAAUGACCUGGUACAGGUGGCGGCUCAUGAGAUUGGGCACGCCCUGGGGCUGUGGCACUCCCGUGACCCCCAGGCCCUGAUGCACCCCAAUGCCACCUACACGGGCCAGAGGAACAUUGCCCAGGACGACAUCUGGGGAAUCCAGCGCCUCUAUGGAUGCACAGACAAGAAGCGAGUGUGUGAUCCAUGGGCUCGCCUUGGCUUCUGCGAAAGGAGGAAGAGCUUCAUGAAGAAACACUGUGCCCGACGAUGUGAUCUCUGCUAUGAGCCUCUUGAGGCCGUUACCACACUAAGUCCACCGCCUGCCAACGUCAAGAUCAAGAUAGUUCCUCGUGGAAAGGUUGUGGGCUUCCGCUGUGGGACGAAGAAUCCUAGAUCGCCUCCCAAAGUCAGUUGGUACAAGGAUGGAGAGCAGCUCGUGAUCUCUAUCCCCGGCUACAUCACCAUGAAGGACCGCGACCUCCGCGUCGUCGCCAACGAGUUUAACGAGGGCACUUAUACCUGUCGCGUCAAUCGUGGCGGCAACGUGGUCUCCGCAAACUCCUGGGUCAUCCGCCUGAACAGCUGAGCUGAAUGAAGAGAGUGAGGGAAGAAUGAGGCAUGGAGGGAAAGAGGACGAACCCACCGCAACAAUAUUAUAGGUGAACUCGGCAAUACAACAUCCUCAUACACUGCAUGACGACUUCCUGCUUACUAAUAUUAAAUAUGCCAAGACUGCCACAUAUUGGACCUUAUUCACCCAGGGAUUGUGAGCUUUCAAAAUACAUCUUUGUGUGGUGAUAAAAAAAACAUAACUUAAGGUUAACCUUGGAAUCAACAGAUAAUUGACCAAUGGAAACAACCCUCUAUUCUAGAGCCAAUAGUGUCAGUCUUAGCACAUCAAAAUUCUGUUCCCCGGUUUGAAGGAUGUCGUCAUAUGUCUGAGUCUAACUUUAAGCAGGCUGUACUCUGACAGUACUCUCUUGAAUCCAGGUCAUAAAUGGAAUAGAUCCCAGAACUCAACCUUGUCCUUAAUGAUGAAUGAAGUUUCAGACUAAGAUCUGGUCAGAAAAGACUAACCUUGCUCACCCUUUAAACGUGAUGCCUUACUUUUAUGCAGUUGUUGUAUUGAUACAUCACUUUGUUAAAAUGUCUAGGGCAGAGUUGAUAUUUCUAUGUCCUGUGUCACUUAACAGUAUAGUAAUUUGAUUUGAGAUAAAGGGUGUAAAUGUGAUGCAGCUAUCACUGUGUGUACAGUGCUUAUGGAAAGUAUUCUCUCCCCUGUUUUCUAUUAUUUGCCUUGCAUUUAGAGGGGGGGAAACAAUACAUUGGGAUUUAUUCACAACAACCUUUCAAAAAAGGUAUUUAUUUGUACCACAGAGUAAAUACUUGGUGGAAGCACCUUUAGCAGCAGUUAGACCCACUUUUUGAAAAAGUCUCCACCAACUUUGCUGUCACACUACGGUCAGAUUUUGAUGCAGAUUUAACUACUAGGCUAGGUCACUCGAGCCCCGUUUUAUACCUGGUUCUAACAUGCAUCCCUAUCUUGUCCACGUUCUGAUUGUGCCAUCAUUUUCAGACGAGUUUAUACGGCCUUAUCCGUCCACCUUGUCUGCAUUGUGACCGGUUUUCUUGUCCCCCCCCCCCAUAUGCAAAUUAUUUGAUGAAUAAUCUUUCAAAAUAAUAUAUAUUUAUAUUAAGACACAUAAGUCAAUGGUGCCACCUGUCAAUGAUUUUAGACGGCGGUUACACCACCAGCUGUGGACACAAUCAGGAUGUGGACAAGGGGCUCGAUUCGAUCCGCACUACAAUGCUAUUUUAAAUUUAAAGACAAUGUUCCCGCGUUUGCAGAGACCGCAUUCAUGGUAAACGCUGCACAUGUUGGCUCAAU